AGGAAAAGCACGGGAUUACUUUGCGGCCCGUACGUUUCCCCGAGGGAUGUUGUGCGUGCUUCAUGUCGUCUGCGAAACCAGCGAAAAUCUGCGUGGUCAAGUGGUGAUCGCCGUGUUGCCGAUGUGAAGUUUCCGGUGCCGGUGCUGACCGACUCGCGUCCAUCGUUCGUGUUUUUUUUUUAUUCCCCGUCGUGCGUCGUCAAGUCGCCAACAUUUGUCGAAUCGUGGAGAUCCCGGAAUCUGCAUGCAAUCCUCAGCAGUGUCCUGAGACUGCGUGCGACUUUCUCGACGAUCGGCGAGCCCUGCUGAAGCGACCCGCCACCGGGAUGUGUGCUGCCAAAGUGGCAAGCGCUCCCAAGGAGCGACGCAAAAAUUCAGAAAAACGUAAAGAGAAAUCACGAGAUGCAGCCCGAUGUCGGCGCAGUAAAGAGUCCGAGAUCUUUACUGAGCUGUCGCAGCAGCUGCCGCUUCCGGAGAGCGUGGCCUGCCAACUGGACAAGGCAUCGGUCAUGCGCCUGGCCAUCAGCUACCUGCGGCUGCGGGAGAUCCUCGAGCCAAUCGCCGAAGUGGCCAAAUCGGCAGCCUGCAGUAUUUACGAUUCGUCUGUUCUGGAGGCCCUGGACGCCGUCCUGCUGGUGCUGUCUGCGGAGGGAGAGAUUGUCUUCCUCUCUGACAAUGUGGGACGCCAUCUUGGUCUAAAUCAGGUGGACUUGAUGGGUCAAAGCGUAUACGAGUACUGUCACCCCUGCGACCAUGAUGAACUCAAGGCUGCGCUGCUGCCCAAACCUGAAGACCUACAUGACCCAUCUCCUCAGCCUUGUCAUUUCCUGAUGCGCCUACGCUGCACCCUGGGCAGCAAGGGACGUGGCGUCAGCGUCAAGUCGGCCUCUUCUUACAAGAUGAUGCAGUGUGUGGGCACACGCGUCUCACGCGAGGUGGCCCCCAGGCAUUCUCCCGAAGAAGAGCAGGGGUCGCCGCUACCCGCGGCGAUGGUGACCAAGGAAGAAGAGGAGACCCCGACGACCGUGCCCCACCUUCCAAUCAGCAUCAUCAUCCGCGAGCGGAGGCACUUCCUGGUGUGCGUGGCCCAGCCCAUCCCGCACCCGUCUAACAUCGAGGUGCCCCUGGGGACGCACACUUUCCUCAGUCGGCACAACCCCAGCAUGUGCUUCACGCACGUCGAUGACAGAACGGAGACCUUCCUAGGCUACACAUCUGAAGAACUGCUCGGGAAGUCUGUCUACUCCUACUUCGACCCGAGGGACGUGCUGCAUUUGCAACAGGACUUCAAAACAUUGUUCGCCAAGGGCCAGUGCGAGACCGGCCAGUACCGCUUCCUGGCCAAGCAUGGUGGCUGCGUGUGGGUGCUGACCCAGGCGACCCUCAUCUACGAGAACAGCAGCUGCAGCAAGCCACAAUGCGUCGUCUGCGUCAAUUACGUGCUGAGUGGUGCCAGCGAGAAGCAUGAAGUGCUCGCGGAGCAGCAACUGACUUCAACAGCAGUGAAGCCGAAGGAGCCGGAGCCGAAGUUGCAGCCACUGCCGGCUGCCCCUGUGGUUGAAGCAGCAGCGGCAGCAGCAGCAGCAGCAGAGGAGGACGAGUCUGAAUCCGAAGACGAGGACGACGAGGAGCAGUGCUUCUGCAGUAGCACGAGCAAAAUCUUUGCUCCUCGCACGGCGGACAUGAACAAGGGCUUCCUCAUCUUCGCUGACGAUGACAGCGGCCUCACAGUGCUGAGAGAGGAAUCGGAACCUGAGGACUUGACCCACUUGGCACCGCGGGCUGGCGACGACACCAUUCCAUUGGAGGGUCUGCCUUCUGAUGUGCUUGGUGAUGCAUUCUCUCUGUCGGACAUCUAUGGCGACGAAAACAAGUUGUUGCCAGACUAUGCACUGCUUCCUCCCGAGGAGGACUGCCCGCUGGGUCGGAAAGACCCCUUCCUCAGUUACCGGGAUGACAGUGACCCGCUGUCGUCGCCAGGAUCAUGUGGCACACCGCCGUCCUCAGACGGAGAAGGGCGUUGCAGCAGUUGCUCGGACGUUCCCAGCAUCGAGAGCCCCGUGGACAGGUUUGCCGGCCUCGAGCUGAAGCCCGAAGGGCACACAGAUCUCCAGGACGAUGACUUUGACAUGCGAGCACCGUACAUCUCCAUGCACGGAGAUGACUUCCCCCUGCUCAGUCCCGACUCGGUCAUGUGGGGGCCCCAGGACUCUUCUCCCGGAAGCUCGUCCAGUCGGAGCUCUCUCUGCAACAGCCCGACAUUUUUUGGCACCUCUUCGUCUCCUCCGAGGCCAACGUUGGGGUCUCUGGGUCCCAACCCAAAAUCCAGUCUGGCUGCCCUCCUGGUGGCUGAAUUGCCGCCACCUUCUUCAAGGUCACGAGAGUGGACCAAGCACCGAGCACGAACGAAUCACCCCAGGUCAUCGGGAGUCUCCGGGCCACAUCGGCAAGACAUGGCGAGGUCAGCGCGGUUGACGCAUCCGCACCAGCAACUGCACCAGUCGAUGACGAGAGGCCACCUGACACGGGGUCUGUCGACGGCGAGCGACGGUCGGCCACAUGCGUACGUGACGACGGCGUUGGAGCAGAAGAUGGGAAUGCCAUCCCCGCCGGACCCACCGCCAAAGCGUGGCUCCACGGAACGGGCCCUGGGGGCUGGGCAGCUGGCCAGCCCCAAGAGGAUGCGGAUAGACCUGCGAGGCUUGCAGCUCCAGAACAAAGACAGCGUGCUGCUGAACUUGCUGGUGAACGGAGAAGACGCCUGCCAUGGAUACCUGUGCCAAACCUUGCGCUAUGACAAGAGGUGCCCGCCGUCGUCUCCACGUCCCGCUCCUCUCCUGCUAGACGAGCCUAUUCCAACAUUGCAGGACCUGAGUCAGCUGGAUGCCGAGGUCAAUGCGCCAAUCCAGCAACUGCUCACUGGCGAGGACUUGCUCAGUGCCCUCGACCAGUCAGUGCCUGCGCUUGUCUGAGCAAUCGGCCUGCACAUCCCAGCUCCCUCUCCCUCUUCUUCCCUCUCUGUCCACCUUCCUUCCCGCUCGAUCCUCGGUCGUCGUCUCAAGACAUCCAGAAGUCGGGGGAAGGAGCAUCCAUCUUCGCAUCGUGCCCUCGCCAACCGAGGCAACAAAACACCGUCAUCGGGAAGACGCUGCUCGCGUGGAAAACGGCAUUCGGAGAGAGUCGCAGAGUGCCCCCCACAUUCCGAAAAUAAACAAAAAACGAGGCGCUUCUUUAGUUUCACGACGACGAACCAAACAACUGCUCGGCGCCAUCCUUUCAAGAAACGUCGCGCUGCUGUUUUGCUGGCCACCUUCGCAGCUUUGUCUCGUCUUUGUUGUGUGUCAUCCGUGUGCACUGUCUUCCGGCAGGCAGCCCUGCUUCGUUAUUCCCUCUCUCUCUCUUGCAUGCCCUCCAUUUUCCUAAAUCGUAUGCUUCGACUGGGCGCGUGAGCCACCCUCUCCCGAGUUCUCGAAGAGCGUUUCCGCGAGCCCCUCGCGUAAUGUGCCGAGCCGUCAACGGAGCGCUCGGUCAGGUCGCUGCUCAGCCUUCGGCGGCUCGGAAUGCGCACGAUCCAAUCGCACUCUUGGAGUAAUCCUGCCUUCUCCUUUCUCUCGCUGCCACCGUUGCAGCGGCCACCGGGCCGUCUCGCAAAGUGACAACAUAAUUCUACUGCCACCCACACACUCUUUGCCAUUGCCUCCGCGCGUCUGACAGAAAUGCACCUCAUUCGCGGAUGCAGUUUUCAACAUUUGGAGGCUGCGUGCCUCGAGACACAGGAUCAAAGAGAGCUUUGGCAUGUGGACAUCUCGCUUUCCGGCUUUUCUUUUUCGUCUUGCACUUCUCACCUUCAUUCGAGCCUCACCUCUCACGCUGACGCCCGUGUCUGCUUGGUGUAAAAAAAAAAAAAGGUGCUGCUUUUCAUCUUGCUUACUGAAUCUUUUUUUUUUCUCUUCGAUGUUGGAUUACGUUCACUUACGGUCUCGUCUUCAAAUUUAGGGCUGAGCUCUUUUUUCUUUUCAGCUGCGCGGCGCGAAGUUGCUGGCCUCAUAUAGGCCAUGUACGAUCGGCUUACGCGAGCGAACACCUGUACAUAGCUUGUUUUUUUUUUCGCGCCUUCCUUUUUUCCUCGAGUUUUUUUCUUUUCAUAAAUUUUUUUUCUUUGUGCCACAUGUAUCACUUCAUCCUAGAGUACAAAUCUCACGAGGUCACUGUGGGCACACACGUUUAAAGAAGAGUGGUCAGGUGGCUCUCAUAAUCAGCUGUUCGACGACUCCCGGCAGCAACGCUGUUGAUGUAAAGCAGCGCUGUCCCAAUGUGCGACAGCUGCAGUUCGUGUUCGCAGCGUCUUGCGAGUGUUUGUCGCGGGUACCUUUGCUAGGAGGCUUAAAAACUGACGCUCCCGACUUUUCCAAGUUCCAGUCGUGAAAGUGUUGUUAGAUGCCGAGAAAUGCUGCUUACAACAAUGUGUCCUCGCUUCUUUUGCAUUCAGUGCUGGCCUGGCCAUGACAGUAGCUUGCAUGCAUUGUGCAAGGAAAAAUACGAUGUUGGAUGCUUCGUAUUAGUGCUUGCUUUUGAUCGUGUGAAACCGUGGUGGUACGAUGGACGCGCUGUAUCAAAUGACAUCACGAGCACAGUGAUUAUGUAAUGGGAGUAAACUACACGGCUCCAAUAAAAGAUAUUGUUCUGUUCUCUUGUGGACCUUUUUAUGCUGAAAUGUGAGAUGAUCCAAAUUCUGAGUUAAGGACAUAUAAUUUUUAAACUGUAGUUGUAGUCUAGCCAGCAGAGGUAGCAGGAUAGCACAAGUGGCAUGGACAGUGCAUUGUUUGCUUCUUGCAUUGUGUUUGUUUUGAAGCUCUCGACAUAGCUGCAAUAUUUAUGUCUAAAGGUAAAGGCAAUGAAGAAGCUUGUUUAUCUUUUACUCAAAAAAAAGUUAAUUUAAUGAUCAAUAUUAGCCAGUCUUCUUGCGCAAUUUAGCUGUGCUCAGAGGUCAAGGUAACCACUCGCACAUCUCUUCAUAGUCUAUUUUGAUACAGUUCAAAACAUUAUAAACGAUUGUUUAAUUUAAUGAUACGUAAGCUGUAGCCAGUGUUGUAAAAGCAUGUUGGCUAUGCCAGGUAUACUGUAACUUGCACUGCAAUGAUGUAUGUCUCUCACAUAUCAUCUUUGGCAGUCAACGUGCCUGCGUCGCCCACUGCCAAUAGCACAGCAUUUUUGCCUCCCUAUUUCUUUUAUUGUUUAAGUAUUCUGAUUCCUCGCAGUCUUGAAGACUGUUGCUGAAAUAAAAGAAUGCUCCAGCAGCGUGCUGUUCCUUGCUUGUUCAAGAAGUACCGAGAACGUGCACUGGAGCGGUGCCAAUGCUGCAAAAUGUAUUCGUACUACGGCCAUUUCUGCAUGUUGGCUUGGAUAGCAGAGUGCUUUCUUCAUCGACAACAACCUGAAACUUUGAAGAUGCUGUGCAUUUUAGACAAUCUUGUUCUAAUCUUAAUCUAUGCAUUUCACCAUGGCGGGAUGCAGCUGAGCGUGGCAGGAUGCAGCGCUGCCGCAUCAAAAAAUAUAUACAUCCGAAGGUCCAAUCGUCGAAAUUUGAAGAAUCACGUGUACAUGCGACGUGUCUCGUACAGACGAAAGCUGCGUGUGCAACCGUACCAUCAAGGUUUCACUUGCUGACGUACAUUUAGUGUUGCUCAGGCCUAGCUUUUAAGCAUGCUGUAUAGAAACAGAAAAAAAAAAGUUAUUUCACUAUAUAGUAGAAGUCGCCGUAGCCAUGUCACAGCUGACCUGAUGCUCAGGCUGCUAGUCGCAUUCUUUUCAAUUAUUAUUCUUCUAUAUUUUGAAGCAUGAUGUAUUGGUACUCGCAAAUCUUGAGAAGAAAACAAAUUUGUGUGGACUGCACAGUCUGUUGAGCACACUCAACCAAAGUGCCUGGUCUUGCGCAGAUUCAGCGCACACAAAACGUCCAAGACUUGCACGCCGCGGCAGCGUGCUUAUUUUUCUCAGGACGGUCGUUUCAUUUGCAGCGGAAACAGGUGCACCUACGUGACCGACACUCGCGCGGAUAUAGCCCGUGCCCGAUGAUGAAUCGCUGUUCGGUUGCGUCACUGCCAGCGCUGCAUGUUCUUGCCUCGGUCGUUUCAGUGGUAGGUGGCAAGCACUGUUACUUCGCAUGUGACUAACACCGCGUGUGCCAGCAACUUUGGCUGCAUACCCGAUCGUGUAAUCUUUGUCAGCCAAUGGGAAGCGUCAGCCACUGAGGACAUAGAAGCACAUCAUUGCGACGGUCACGUGAGCGGACCAGUUGCCGCUGCAGAGAAGAUCGCGCCACUUUUCUCCUGUGACGCAACAGUAGACUACCGUUAACUCAACUAACUGUGAUCGCCAGGCGACAGAGUACAGUCUUGACCCCAAAGCAUGCCUGCUGAUGGUUCUUUGUCAAGAACAAAAGUGCUUCGAAAAAUCUUGCUGUAAAGUGUGCACAUUAGCCCUUUUGCACAUUCCAGAAAGCAUGUUGAUAGUGCUGUGUUGUACGUGCUGUUAUUGCAGGAAAUGUUGUGAGUAUCUGAUUAGAAGAAGGAAAAGAAAGAUAAGCUUUAUUGCUUAUGAAUGUUGGGAUACUGCUCUAAAAUUCUGGCGCACCUCGGCGCAGUAGCCAUCGCUGUGACCAAUGUGCUCAUACUUGUGAAAAAUCUUCAAAGUUUUUGAUGCAUUUAUUUUUUUGGUGACCAUUUGUGACAUGCAAUGCAAGCAUCCUUUGCAGUUGUUUGCUUUCUCAAAGUACAUAGCUUGAAACAGAAAACAGGGCAGUUACUUAUUUUUUUCUUUCCAGAGUUGGAAUUGGUGCAGUAUUUGUGAAAUAGUGACAUCGACGUGUUGUUUACGCUGCGAAAUUGACUUCACUCGCACUACAGACCUUUCUCGGCUUUAGCAGAACAAACUAAUGAAGAGAGAAUGUGGUUACGCUUGUGCAUCCGUUUUGCAUCCAUACGUUUUCUUAAACCACUACAGUGCAAAUCUAGCGCUUGGUGCAGCGCAGGGCUUGACUUAUCAGUAGUCUACUGUACCUCGAUGUGGGAUUGUAAGGCUCGGUGCAGGCACGUGCAAAGUUCUCGAGCUAUUCGUCCCGGGCUUGCAGUGAUGUUAGCAUCUGUCGAAACUGCCGCGUUGUGGUUGCACGGCUACCGUACCGCUUCGCUAAAGAAGCUGUGCCCAGGUGUUGCAGAAAAGGCUGGGCGAUAUCGUCUUGCAAUUCGGGGUGUGGAAUGUUCUUCGGCAGGGGUGCGAGUGUUUUAUGAAGAAAACCUGACCUCAAAACCUUUACUUUUUUUUUCCUCAUCUGUUAUUUUGCGUUUUAUAGACUGUUGUGUACAUAGCCACACCUUUGCAUUGUUUUGUUUUCUCUCUAGGACCGCCACGAGCCCCACCCCCACCAUUCAUUGGAAGUGAACGAGCGUUUGUUGGCUGCCAUCCUUCGUUGUGGCGGCAGGUUGUUGUUGACAUUUCGGGCUCGAUUGUUUAUCUGGUUCUCGUGUUAUGUUUUUAUGUGCAGAUUGUAGUAGCUGGUCAGUUAGGCUGCGCGACUUUCUCGACUUCUUUUUCUCUUUCCGUAGAGUGUCGCCUCUCAGGAAAAACGCGUGAAAAAAAAUACGGCAGUGUACAUCGAAAGUUUUUGUCUAGUGAGAGCGAGGAGCCAUUUUUGUUGGCUAGCAGAGAUGAUAUGCAUAUAAAUAUCCACAUGCGUAUUCCCGAUAGUUUUUUCCGUGUUUUAGCAUGCUGACGUAGGCUUUACUUUUUUCGUUUUUCUUUCUCGCAUCGUACACGUAGAGUGUCUCGGGCAGUUUUUCCUUUUCUUUGUUUCCGUCAUUGCCAACAGUUACAAGGAGAUGUCUGCGCAUCUUCUCGUUUCCUUGACAGCCAUGGAUUAAGCCUGCCUGAUAUAGUCAUUUGGUCUCUCCACGGUUUUGCAUUUUGUUUUGUUUACACCUUAUUGCCUUGCUUUAAGCAGAGUGAUUUUACUUCUGCAGCUUAACAGAUGGCAUGGACUACAUGAUGUGACGCAUAUAUCGCACCAUCAAGGAAAAGGUUUUGAAUGGUAUUUUUGACAGGCCGAAACUUAAAAAAAAAAAAAACGACGAGAGAGCAGAGUUGUUGCAUAUUGUUAACUGUACGGACCCCACGCAUCAAUACUCUUGCAUUACACAAGCUGUUGUAAAGUACAAUGUAGUUACAAUGAAAAAUAAAAGUAUCUUUUCCAUUUAA